ACAAAAGGCUCUCAUAACUAUUUCGGAUGGAAAGUUUGAUAUGCAUGAUCUAGUGCAAGAAAUGGGACACUACAUUGUUAGAGGAGACCACCCUAAGAAUCCUGAAAAACAUAGUAGAAUAUGGAAGAAGGAAGAUGUUGAAAGAAUAUGUGCUAUGGAUGCAACAAUGGAACUUGACAAGAUUGAAGCAAUACAAGUUCAUUACGAUAAAUUGCGAGUAGAAUUAUUUGAAUCCGAUAGACUUCGAGUACAUGAAGAACCUCCUCUUCCUUUGAUUGUUGCAAACAUGAGGAACCUUAGGUUUAUUCGGUGGAAAGGUGACCUUGCAAAUCCAUUGCUUAAGAAACUUUCACCGUGGGAGUUUUUCCUUGGGUAUAUUCAAUGGAAAGGUGAACCAGUAAAUCCAUUGCUUAAGCAAUUUCCACCAAAGGAGCUUUGUUGUCUGAUAUUGCGUGAUGCCAUGCAACAACAACUUUGGAAUGGUUGUAAGGUGCUCCCAAAUCUGAAGAUAAUGGAACUUUACGAUUUAAAUAACCUAAUCAUGACACCAAAUUUUGAUGGAAUUCCACAUCUUGAAAGAUUCAAGCUUUGGAGAUGUGAGAAACUAGAAGAGAUUCAUUCAUCGUUUGGACGCUUGGACAGGCUUGUUUGCUUAUCUAUAGUGCUUUGCAAGCGUAUUAAGAAAUUUCCAUCCAUUACCCGACUAAAGAAACUCAAGACCCUUUCAUUGCACGUGAGCCCCGAAGUUAUUGAGCUCUCAGAAAUCCAAGAGAAGAUGGACAACUUGUUGGGAGAAGAAGACAUCGGUUCUUCUGUUUGCCAAUUAUCCAACUCGAACCACAUACGCUCUGCUGUUUGGGAGUUACCCAACUUGCAAAAACUCAAUCUAUCAAAAAAUAAGUUUUCACGAUUAAACUUUAGUUUCAUGCGAACUCCUCGGCUCAAAUUGCUCAACGUCUCAUUUUGCUCAGACCUUGUAGAAUUAUCAGAGCUCCCAUCAAGCAUAGCGAUUGUUGAAGCGUAUGGUUGUCCCUCACUUAAAAGCUUUGGAGCUAUUUCACACUGCAAAUGGCUGUGGAAAUUCUCGCUUCGUGGGGUGUACAAUUUAGAUCCAUUUGUUGGUUACAUGUUACUAGACUCCAUGCUCAAGGGGCAUGCUAUUGAAGAUCACCUUAUCAGUGUGAUUCUUGAUUAUGAGAUUCCAAAGGAGUAUGUACUUGUGGGCAGGUUUUGGCAUGAGUCUAAUUAUAAUGCAACGAACCAUUGCCGAAUAACAUCUACAUACGUGGGAUAUGUUUCCUUUAAUUCAUUGAGACUCACAGCUGCGUGCUUCAACUUGAAUUCAGUAUACAGUGUGAUUUUAGUUUCCUUGCGCCAGAGUUGGAGUACUGCUUCUCAAGCUGCAAAUCGAAUAGGAGUUUCACUCGUUCCUAAAACAAAACGUAAAGAUGAUCCGAUGAAAACAGCAAAAGAUUCCUCGGAUUUUGGGGAUGAGAAAGAUAAAUCUAGUCCGAUUUUUGCGAUCAAACAUGGUUCAAACUCAUCUAUUAAGAUCUUGUGGCGACCUCUUAAUUAG